GAGGUAGGAUUUUGGCGGAGUUCAGUGCGAAACCACUGUUCUCCUCGAGCACUUUCUCCGUGUCGGAGCACCGUGUCUCCUGGUUUGCGUCUCAAUUAACAAAAACCAACGAAAAAAAAGAAAAGAAAGAGUUAUCGUCGAUCAAGAGGAACGCAGUGGUUCGAAACGACAUUUGGGUUUAUUUAUCGGUUCGACGCUUAUAAGAAUUUUUUUACGUGUCGGAAAGAGACGCAAAGAGGGUAUUAUAAUCACGAGAGAGAUGGCGUACAGCUGGGAUGAUCGCGUUAAUUUCAUAGUGAAGUUCCUGUACGAUAUAGAUAACAAUGGACAGUUAGACAAACAUGAUUUUGAAUGCAUGGCAUUGAGAAUGACGCUAAUCGAAGGCAAAGGUGAUUUUAAUUACAAUCGAUAUCAAGAAAAUCUUCACAUUAUGCAUUCUUUGUGGGAGGAAAUAGCUGACUUGGCAGAUUUUGACAAGGACGGUUUGGUAACAAUAGAAGAAUUCAAAAGAGCUGUACAAAAUAGUUGCGUCGGUCGUUCCUUCAACGAUUUUCCCCAGGCAAUGAAAAAGUUCAUCGAUAGUCACUUCAAGAUAAUCGAUAUAAAUGAGGAUGGCGUAAUUGGUGCCGAAGAAUUUCGAUACGACUGUAUUUCGAGGAUCGCUGUGGAUAACAUAGACAUUCUCGAUAAAGCUUAUCAAAAUCUUUUAAAUGAUGACGAUAGAAAGCGAGGUGGACUGACUUUGUCACGUUAUCAAGAAUUAUACGCUCAAUUUCUCGGUAAUCCCGACGAAAACUGUCCAGCAAUCUACCUGUUCGGGCCGAUAGGACAGAAAUCAUAACUUGAACAUCUGUUAUAUAUAUCGAAAUAACAAAACAAUCCCUCACAUUCUUAUAUAUAAAAGACGCACACACAAGGUGUUCUAUUUAGCUUAUCUAUAUCUUAAUUCUUGUUUCAAAUUAUUGUAAUUAUAACUAAUUAUGCUCUAAUUAUUGUAUUAUAACUUGAAUAAUUAUAUUAGCAAUAAGUUUAGCAAUAAGACUUUUAAAAACAAAGUUCUCAUAUUUAAAAUGCCAAAUAAUUGUGCAAGAUGUUACGAGUAAUUAUCUCUCAUCAAAUUUCAUUGACUUCACAAAUGUGUUGAAUAAUUAAAAUAGAAAAAAAAAAAAAAUAAUAAUAUUAACAAAUGAAAGAGUUAUCGAGAAAAAUUCACAAAUGUAUGUAAAAAUAUAAACCUAUGGGAUUGAGAUUCCUUACAAAAGAAAUAAAGCAAGAUAAUAUGACUA